AUGGAGGGCAUGAUGAUCCUUACCCACGAGUGCAAUGCCAUUAUCCAGAGGUUAGAUGUUCCGAGGAAGCUAGUGGAUCCAGGAUGUUUCACCUUACCUUGUGCUCUAGGACCCAUGGUUUUUGAGCGGUGUAUGUGCGAUCUUGGAGCUAGUAAGAAGUGUAAACUCUCUUUGGUGUUGGCUGAUAGAUCAGUGAAGAUUCCUGUUGGUAUCUUAGAAGAUCUUCCCUUGAUGGUUGGUAACUUUGAGAUCCCUACUGAUUUUGUUGUGUUGGAGAUGGGGGAGGAAGCCCAAGACCCUUUGAUCCUUGGAAGACCAUUCUUAGCCACAGCAGGAGCUAUUGUGAAUGUUAGACAAGGAAAGAUUAAUCUACAUCUUGGACAAGGGAACAUCCUCCACUUUGACAUCAAUGAAGUGAUGAAGAAGCCAACCAUCUAG